UCUUUUAUGCUUGUUUUGGAUGGGUGUAUUUGAGACUGGACUUGGCGUUGCUGCCAUCGUAUACUUUCUCCGUCCGAAGGGCUCGAGCACAAUCGCAUACCUGUUUGGAAAUGGCCUCGGCAAGGGCGUUGGCUUGAUUCGUCGCGCUCGAACCACCAUCGAAGCAGUCGCCAAGGAGACAAAGGCAGCCAACAAGGACACGUCCAACGCAGAUGGCGCGGGCGGCGUCGUGGGCGCGACUGCUGGAGCGAGCUCGGGCGUCAUGGCGGCGCUCACUGCGGGCGCGCGCGCGACGCUGAACAAUCCGCUGACGCCAGCCGUGGCACCUCCACAGCCGAUUCCAGAGGAUGCAGAUUGGUCUACGCUCUGGUGGGAGUUCAACCGUAUUCGGUAUGAAAUUCGCUUCGAAAGCAUGUUUCGAAGCCCGACAUUUAUGGCACGUCGCGCGCUGGGCAUGGAUGCUAUGGCACAAACACCGUCGAGUUUGUCUGCUGCAAGUCCAACAGGCACUGCAAACCCCGCGUCAGGACCACCCGGCAACCACAGUUACACUUCAUCAUCGCUCCACGGCGCUGGACCAGCGCAAGAGUCCGACUAUGAGUUUGGUCCACCUGCAAAUGUUACUCAGCCACCUAGCACUCCUGUGACCUCCUUCGCACAACAACAGCAACAACAGCAGGUCCAACCAUCUGCCCAAAUUCCACCUGCACUGUCCCGCAAUCCGACUCCAUCCGCGACUCCAUCCGCGACUCCAUCCGCGACUACCGCCGUGACGACAGCACCGACAUGGACUGCAAAGCAGCUUUCAGACGUGAACGCGGCAGAUCGCUUGGCUCUGUUCAGCGGACACUCACCUCUGAACGUCAAAGUGCACUCUGACCAGCAGCGAGGAGGCGCCGACAUUGUUGCAGGCUUUCUGACAGAGCGGUCGCUAACCCUACGCAAGCGCGAGCUCAUGGAGCAAGAGCGGCGGCGAGUGGAAGCAGAGAAUGCUUCAAGACCCAACCAUCAAAACACCGUUUGAGUCGUACCCGGACCCUCGUCUCCAACUCUGUUCAUGCUAUUUAUUUUAUUCUUGUCGAAAAUGUAUUCAUUAUAUGUACCUUAUACCGCUC